UUGAAUCACAGCCCUAACACCUCUAGCGUCGCUUGCGAAGGCGCAUUUUUUCUACCAUUAUAUUAUUUUUUUAGCCACUAGACAAGAAAGUGGACAGUUUGCAGACACUAUUAAGAGUUGGAGCUUUGAUUUUUGUUUAUAAAUUGUGCGAAUUCAAUACAUAAUGGGUAAAAAAACGGAGAACAACGAGAAUGCCACCACCCAAUCCGAUGGCGAGGAAGAGGAGGAGUAUGCCGUGGAGAAGAUUUUGGACCGUCGUGUUAGGAAGGGAAAGGUUGAGUACUUUCUGAAGUGGAAGGGCUACGCCGACACAGAAAAUACCUGGGAGCCUGAGAGCAACCUCGACUGCCAGGACCUCAUCCAGCUGUACGAGUUAAGCCGCAAAGAUGAGGCUGAAAAGACUGACAAGUCCUUGAAAAAAGACCGACCCAGUAGCAGUGCCAAGACUAAGGAACCCACCGGCCGUUCCAGCACCACAACGGUGUCCAGCAACAAACGGAAGUCCGAGGAACCAUCAUCUACCACCAACAAAUCAAAGCGCACUUCAGAGGCGGACGCAGAUAGCAGUGAUGCCCUAGUCGCCCCUGGUUCCACUGGCUUCGAUCGUGGCCUCGAGGCUGAGAAGAUCCUUGGGGCAUCCGACAACAACGGUCGCCUCACAUUCCUCAUACAAUUCAAGGGGGUGGACCAAGCCGAGAUGGUGCCCUCAACUGUGGCCAACGUUAAAAUCCCCCAGAUGGUAAUCCACUUCUACGAAGAACGCCUGUCGUGGUAUUCGGACAACGAGGACUAACUUCCGAAUCGCAACAAGCAACCUCAUCUGAACUUUAUAAUUUAGAAACAUACAAAAAAAACAAGAACAUCAUGUAUCAUCCAUCUAAAGUUUAGGGCUUUAGAAAUCCAUCUCCCAAAACUCAGCCCCCUGCCAUGAAUCGAAAGGCACAUUCUAUUGUCUCCCCAUUCAUGUUGGUAUUUAUGAUUUAAAUUUUCAAUGAAUAAACACAAAUUAUGUUCAAAUGUUGUA